UAAAUAUUAUAAGCCAAUAGAAAUACAGGAAAGAUGUCAGGCCCAAGGUGAACAGGAAGAGCCUGCUGAAUUUACUGAAGGAUCAGGCGAAGCUAUCAUCACAAACUCUUCUUCAAUCAAGCGUUCAGUCUAUUUACCAAGCAUAUAAUAUUUUAAGGCAUUUCAACAGAUGACUGACAAAGAGGAGGUGACGGGUGCAGGGGAUAACCCGGAGAUGGUUCUCUUUGGGAAGAAGUCAGGGAAAGCCUCGCUGCUGGACAGUGGGGAAGACUUUGAGAUGCUGGAUGAUGACAUUGAUGACAACCCUCCUCCUUUGGAAGAUGCUGGGGGUGGGAAGAAGACUAAAACAGAGGAGCCUGCAGAGGAUCAAAACACUGGCACUUCAGCUCCACUAGAUGAAUGGAUGGAUAUGCUAGGUAAUGGCCAGCUAAAGAAGAAAGUCCUACAGGCAGGGAAUGGGCCAGACAGCAGGCCCACAAAAGGCCAGAAUGUCAUGAUUCACCUGAAGACUUCACUGGCUGAUGGGACUCUUAUAGAAGAGCAACCUGAGCUCUCUUUCACUCUGGGAGAUGGUGAUGUCAUCCAGGCUCUGGAUCUCACAGUGCAGCUCAUGGAAAUGAGGGAGAAGGCCCUUGUCCAAGCCAAUGCUAAAUAUGCAUAUGGUGCCUUGGGGAGUCUUGCCCCUGAUGUGCCUCCCAAUGCGGAGUUGGCCCUGGAGGUCCAGCUGCUUGAUGCCACUGAGGCCCCCGACCUUGAGCUCCUGUCCCCCCAGGAGAGGAUCGCCCUGGCUGGGCAGAAGAGGGAGAGGGGAAAUGUCUACUACCAGAGAGCGGACUAUGCCUUCGCUGUUAACUCUUAUGGCAUCGCCCUGCAGGUCACGGAGUCCAGCUCUAAAGUGGACAUUAGCCCGGAGGAAGAGGAGGAGCUGAUGGACGUGAAGGUGAAGUGUCUAAACAACAUGGCAGCUGCCCAGCUCAAGUUGGAUCACUAUGAAGCAGCACUACGGUCCUGCGUUUCAGUACUGGCCCACCAGCCAGACAACAUAAAAGCCCUAUUCCGCAAAGGCAAGGUAUUGGCCUUGCAAGGGGAAUAUGCUGAAGCUAUAAAGAUUUUGAAGAGGGCCCUGAAGUUGGAACCAAGUAACAAGACCAUCCAUGCAGAACUCUCCAAGCUGGUGAAGAAGCACUCGGAGCAGAAAGGCGCAGAGCAGGCCAUGUACAAGAAGAUGCUAGGCAACCCAGCCAGCGGCAGCAGCGGCAUGCAGAAACACCAGGCCAGGUCGUCAUGGGUUGUCAGCUGGAAAUGGCUCUUCGGUGCCACUGCAGUAGCCAUUGGAGGUGUCGCCUUGUCAGUUGUCAUAGCUGCCAGAAAUUAGAUGGGAGAAAUACUUUUCUGGUGAUUGCCUGCUCCAUGCAAAGUGGGACCCACAUAAAGCAACUGGACAUCUGGCGGUGCCUUUUGGAACUAAACAAACAAAAAAAGGGGAUAAAUGGGUCUUAUGUCACCUCUUUAGUGUGGCUGUCCAUAGGUUUGUCACACUAUUCUGUUACUCCUUGGGAGAAGGAUAAUUAUAUGUGACAAAUACCAUACAAUCAAUAUUUCUAUAUGAAAUGUUCUAAAUAAUCUUCAAAUGUAUGUCCAUUUGACAGACACUAAUUGUUAAUUGCUGCCAAUGUCUUGAGCUCCUCUGGUAGUGAUUCUAAAUAUUGAUUGAGCACUCUGAAAUUAUAAUUCUAGGAAUGAUCUGUCAAUUAUCUAAAAUUAGCUAAUGUGGUCAUGUGUGUUUUUUAAGUGUACAAUUCUGUAAAAAAAAAAAAAAAGUAAUUGUUAAAGGUAUUCUGCUCUUGUUCGUUUUAUUGGGAUGGUGCCGAUGUUGGGGGGUUAAUCUAGGUGGUGUAUUAUCUGGCCCUGUGAUCCACACUCAGACAGUCUUGGUCAAUAAACUGUCACAUUCCUUUAAAACCCAUGCUUUAUUUUAUAUAUAUAUAUAUAUAUAUAUAUAUAUAUAAUUCGUUAUUUAUAAAGUAAAUGGAAUGUACCUCACUUUUGAUGAUUCUGAGACAACUUUGAAGGGUGUACAUUCUAAUACCAAUUUUAGGUUUGGUCACUUUGCUUGUUUUGUAGUUUUUGACAACUUAAAUGUGAAGUGUUUCUAUUUUGAGGUGUAUUUUUCUAUCAUUUUGUUGUCACAUGAGAAAUCGUUUUUUUUUUCUACAAUAGACCGUAUGUAAAAAGACAGAGUUAAAUGUUGCAGAUAUUUGUUGCUUUUGAGUUUCUCACAUUCUCGCACUUGUUGCUUUUGUAUUUAUUUCAAUAAAAGUUUGUCAACUCUUA